GGUCGGGGCGGGCGCGCUCUGAGUCACCGGAAUCUAGGUGGGGCCGCCCGGAGCGCGUCCUCCCGGGAGCCGCCUCCCCGCUGCCUCUUCCCUUUUGUCGCGGCGCCCGAGCUCGCGGGCCACUCUCCGCCGCCGCCCGUGCCCCGCGCUCCUCUGCUCCGCCGCCACCGACGACAUGCUGCGCUGCGGCCUGGCCUGCGAGCGCUGCAGGUGGAUCCUGCCCCUGCUCCUGCUCAGCGCCGUCGUCUUCGACAUCAUCGCGCUGGCCGGCCGCGGCUGGCUGCAGUCCGACGACCACCGCCAGACGUCCUCGCUGUGGUGGAAAUGCACCGGCGAGGGCGGCGGCAGCGGGUCCGCCGACGACUGCCAGAGCCUCAUGGACUUCGCGUGGGGCAGAGCGGCCGCCGCCAUGCUCUUCUGCGGCUUCAUCAUCCUGGUGAUCUGCUUCAUCCUCUCCUUCUUUGCCCUCUGCGGCCCCCAGAUGCUUGUCUUCCUCAGAGUGAUCGGAGGCCUCCUGGCCCUGGCUGCUGUGUUCCAGAUCAUCGCCCUGGUCAUUUACCCUGUGAAGUACACCCAGACCUUCAAGCUUCAUGAGGAGCCUUCUGUCACUUUCAUCUAUAACUGGGCCUACGGCUUCGGGUGGGCAGCCACGAUUAUCCUGAUCGGUUGUUCCUUCUUCUUUUGCUGCCUCCCCAACUACGAAGACGACCUCCUGGGCAACGCCAAGCCCAGGUACCUCUACGCAUCCGCCUAACGUGGGAAGGGAAAGCGCUGCUGCCGGGAUGGAUUCCAGAGGAAGAAACUGUUUCCCCAGGCUACUUUGUACCUAUUUUUUGGCAGUGUUCAUAUUAUUAAACGAGUCAAAAAUGCUAAAGUAAUUGAGGAUAAAAUAUGUCUAAUUAUUGUUACAGUUUCAUAUUCAUCUUUUAUAUGUGUUUUGUGGAGUUAAGACAUUUCUUUUCACUAAUUAUCUGUACUAUGUCAAUAUUUCUGUGUAUCUAUCCAGAACAUUUAUUAUUGCAUUUGUAAGAGAAUAUGAACAUGAAACUUACCAUCUGAUAAGGUAAAAUUGGGAAGGCUUCCAAGAUUUAAUAAUCUGAUCAAGUGUUUGUUAUUUGCACAUAGAUUGGACUGGCUCUAUUAGGGUUAAGGAGAAGAGGGAUAUAAUUGGUAAAAAUUGUCAGUGACCAAACAUUCUAAAAGAACUGCAAAAUAUUUUUUUUUUCAAGCCUUCAGCUAUUUAAAGAAGCAAAAUAGUUUCCUAAAUGCAAGAAUUUCUAAUUAACAUCCUGAAUAAGUUUUUGCUAAGCUUCAUGUUGAUAUGUCAUCCAAGAAAGUAUUGUUUCACAGCCAAACCUGUUGCAGUAGUAAGGCCUUCGUAAGUAGUGAAAUGUUAAGAUGAAAUUUUCUCUUUUAAAGUUCUUUGUAGGGUUAGGAUGUGGGGAAAUGGUAUAUCAAUAAAUCUGUACUGUUUUGUGUCUGUAUGUUCAGAACCAUAGUUGACUGGAUUGAAAACAGUUGGGGUCUAAUUUAUCAUGACUGAUCUGAUUAGGUUAUAUAGUAAAGCAUUAGGAGAGCCAUUCUUAUCACUAAAGUGCCAUUAAAACAGCUUAAGGAGAAGAAAUGGCUUGAUGUUUUUUAACAUAUCAGGUUUAACUGGGCUCUAAUCACAUAGACACAACUUUUGAUAGAUUGCAACUAUAAGCAGAAACCUGGUCUUCCUUGGUAAACAGAUUUAAAAUGCCUAACAUAAAACAUGCAACAGGAGAAUUCAGGGAUGUGUGUUUCUCUGAAUGGCAUAUAUAUAUAUAUGAUAUAUCAGAUGGAUUUUUUUUUUACCAUUUAUACUUACAUAAUGAAAACUGAGUCAUUUUACAUAUCAAAUGAUUAUUUUGUAAGUUGCAGAAUAAGCACUUGAAGUUUUCAUUAUGAAGUUUUCCCAAUAAACCAGGUAUUCCAAUCUU